AUGUCACGCUCACCUUCAACUUCGCACUCACGUUCAUCCUCGAUCCAAGUUGAGGCAGGUCCAUCACGCCAAACUCGAAACACCUCUCGAACGAUAUCGGUUGAUGACGACAUCCCGCCUUCAGAUGUGGACCAAGAUCUGGACGAGCUCAACUCAAAGUCGGGCCAAUCGUCGCCUCAUCAUGAUACAAUCUCGUCCGACCCUCUGGCAUUCAGCGAGGGAGGUAGUCCGAUAAAUAUCAAGAAGGGUUUACCUGACCGCAAAGAAGGAGAUGAAGAUGGAUAUGGAAGGAAUGAGAGAUUGUUCGAUGAUACGAGACAUACCAAAGGGGAAGGAUCAAAGAAUCUCAUAUCUCACACACGAAAGGGGUCAUUAUUCACUUCGAAACCAUCAUACGAAUAUGAUGACGAGUAUAAACGAUCGAAGAUCUCAGUAAAGUCCAUAUCUCGUCAUCAUUCCAAAAGUUCAACAAGCAUCCAUCUCACUAGCACUAACACUCACAAAAAAAGAAACAGAUCGCCAUCCAAGGUGAAUAAUCAAGAUGAACCUAUCAUCAUCGACUCUGAUUCGGAUCUAGUAUCAAACUCUCACAGAAGAAGACCUAUCGUAGAAAUACCUUUGAUGCCUUUGAACCACAUUCGAAGGUAUCUGCACCUCAGGAGAGAUACUGAAACCCCCACUGAGAGAAGUAGAAGGAAAUUACCUGAUCUGAGAUCCGAAUCGGAAUUGCACUCUUCAAGUGAUACUGCCUCAGUGGUAGUCAUCAACAAGAGGAAACGUAGAGAAUCUUCCGUAUCAUAUGGAUAUGAAGAGGAUGGGGAUGGAGAGAUGAGCGAGGAUGAAUCCGAUAUGGGGAGCGAUCAGAUCGCGUUAAGAAGGAGUGGAAGAUCCGGAAUGAAGAAUGGCAGAAGAGGGAUAUACGAAGAUGAUGGUGAUAGCGAAAUUGCUGAAAGGACCAGAGCGAGACGACCGAUUAACAUCACUCGACGAUCAUCCCUGUCGACUUUUUCCAGCACCGACUCCGAUACAAGAAGCUACAGAACCAAUUCCAAAGGUAAAGGCAAAGCUAAAAUGGGGAAUAACACCAACAAACGUAAACCUAAAGCCUUGUCCAGUGACGAUGACGAAUUCAACUUGAUCUCCAUGUCGUCGGAUCAAGAUGAUACCAACGAAUCUGAUGUCUCAGACUAUAGUAAGCCCAACAAGGGUAAGGGGAAAGGUAAAGGAAAAUCCAGUGGAUGGAAAGUGAAGGUCACUCAGGAUGAUUUGUAUACCCAUAGAGGGUUCUGCGAAAAAUGCUCACGAGAACCUGCCGAUGAGAUCCUUGAUAAAGCGAUAAACAGGAAAAACAGGAAGAAGAAGAGAAAGAGGAACGAAGAGGAUGAUGAUAUGAUAAGUGACGAGGAGCUGGCAAAUAUGCUGGAAGGGUGGUUAGAGUGUGAGAAAUGUGUAGUGUCUUCUCAUUGGGGAUGCCUCACACCGACACAAAGAAAAGACGUCCUUGCGGAUAUACGAGAACGUGAAGGUACGCCUGCCGAGGGUGAGAAACCCAGAAGAAAGAUCGCAAUCGACGAAGCAGCCACGUUUGUCUGUGCGAAAUGCGCACUCAAUCCUGAUUGUUUCGUAUGUCACAAAGAUGAUAUCAAGGAGAAAGCUUCCAUUGCCCCAGACAAAAAGGAUGUCACUAAAAAUGGAGAUGAAGAAGAUGAGAAAAUGGAUGUUGAUAAACCUGAGGAUCAGAAAGAUGGCAACGACAAAGACGAAGAGGAGAUACCGAAGUUUAGAUGUUUGAGGUGUAAACAAUGUGUGCAUUAUGAACAUUUGGACGUACCUCAUUCACUUGCCGAGAAUCCUUCUCUACCUGAAGUAGCUUUCCAUUAUCAACACAGGACUGAAGAAGGAGAUGCUUGGAUCUGCCACCAGUGUAGAGCAUGGAUCUGGACUGUUGACAUGAUCAUCGCUUGGAGACCUUCUCCACCUAACGCGAUUGAGCCAGAACUCGAAGAAGAUGAAAAAGCCAACUGGAAAGAUCCUUUACCUCGAGAAUAUCUUGUCAAAUGGACAGGUAGAGGAUUCAGACAUGUCACAUGGGUACCUCAUCCAUGGCUACAAGUACUCUCAUCAUCGCGACUUCGUCACUUCCUUGAGAAGGGUCCGAACCUCGAUCUAAUCACGGAUGAGACGCUAGCUGCGAAAGGAGACGAGAUGGCUCAGCCUACUAUCUCGAAGCUGACUGCUGAGGACGAUCAAGUCUCAGGUCGGAAGAGUGGACAUUCACUUGAGCAUGUUUCCGCAAGUCAGGAGGGGAAGAAGGAAUGGAAAGGUAUUGGACCCGGUCCUGAGAAGGAUGCGGAGAGCAGUCUUCCAAUUGAGUGGAGUACGAUCGAUCGAGUCCUGGAUUUAAUGCUUCUACCACCUCGUCAAAGGGCAAAACCUUCCACAACGAAACGAGGAAAGAGGAUCAUGUCUACUUCGCUUUCCGCUUCAGCUUCUGAAACAGGUCAAGCUAAUUCCUCAGCACUCGCAAAUGGUGAAAGGAGCCCGGCAGAUGAGAUGAGGAGGCAAUACGGAUUGAGAGAUGGUCAGAAACCUCCUGCUGAAAUGCAGAUGGAUAUUGAUACUUGGGAAGAGAAAGCUGGUAGGGAGUUAGAUGAGGAUGAUGUGGAUGAAGUGGCUGGGUUGGUCACUUGGUGCUUCGUUAAAUGGGAUGAUCUGCAAUAUGAUCAAUCUACAUGGGACACACCGCCACCUACCGACUCACCCUUAUAUCCGGCAUUCAAGCAUGCCUUAGCCAGAUACUUGAGAUCAAGAAAGAUUGAAAUUCCCGUUCUGACCCCUGAUCAAGUCAGACUUCGUGAUACCAACGCUGAAGGGCUGUAUGUACCGCCUACUAACCAACCGGACUGUAUCGUUGGAGGGCAACUCAUGCCGUUCCAGAUGGAAGGGUUUCAAUGGUUAUUAUACAAGCAUUUCAGAAGGGAGAGCUGUAUUCUAGCUGAUGAUAUGGGAUUGGGAAAGACCAUUCAAAUUGCCUCGGUGUUGGGAUAUUUGGGUUCAAGCAAAUACAAGAUAUACCCUUGUUUAGUGGUUGUCCCCAAUUCAACUAUUACGAAUUGGGUAAGAGAGUUCGAGAAAUGGGUUCCACAUAUGAGAGUGGUCCCAUACUAUGGCGAAUCAGCUUCUCGUAAGAUUAUUAGUAAAUAUGAACUGUACCAUAAAGGAAUGCAAAAUAAGGCUGAGGGAUUAAAUGCCCAUGUCGUCCUCACCACGUACGAUAUGAUCACGGGUCAUGACUUUAGGGUGUUCCGAAAUAUACCUAGAUGGGAGGUACUGUGCGUUGAUGAAGGACAAAGACUCAAAUCAGAUAACAGUCUGAUAUUCAACCGACUCAAAACACUUAAUAGUGUUCAUCGAAUCUUAAUGACUGGUACACCCCUAAAUAACAAUUUGAGAGAAUUAUUCAAUCUGCUCAACUUCCUGGAUCCGACCACGUUCAAGCAACUGGAAGAUUUGGAAAAACGAUUUGAAAAUCUGAACGAAUCGCUCGUAACGGAAUUACAUGAGAUGAUCAAACCUUAUAUAUUGAGGAGAAUCAAAGCGGAUGUAUUGAAAUUGCCGCCAAAGAUCGAAAUUAUCGUUCCUAUCUCAUUGACGGCGAUUCAAAAACAGAUUUAUAAGGGUGUGUUUGAGAAGAACUCGGAGUUGAUUCAGGCUAUUCUGAGAGCUAGGAAAAGGAGAAUGAGGUUGGGUAGAUAG